ACACGUGAAGGUCGGUGAGUUGGUGCGGAGUCCGUCUCAGCACGCGUAGUCGCGCUGGGAUGGAUUCCUCCUCGUCUUCCUCUGCGGCGGGUUUGGGCGCGGUGGACCCGCAGUUGCAGCAUUUCAUCGAGGUAGAGACUCAGAAGCAGCGCUUCCAGCAGCUGGUGCACCAGAUGACUGAACUUUGUUGGGAGAAGUGCAUGGACAAGCCUGGGCCAAAGUUGGACAGUCGGGCUGAGGCCUGUUUUGUGAACUGCGUUGAGCGCUUCAUUGAUACAAGCCAAUUCAUCUUGAAUCGACUGGAACAGACCCAGAAAUCCAAGCCAAUCUUCUCAGAAAGCCUUUCUGACUGAUCUCAGCAUUACCUCUUUGGAAGAGGAAGGUUCACUUGCCCUCCCACCUUCCGCCAUGAGAUAAUGCAGCCCAAAGGCCCUCGCCAGAUGCCGGUGCCACACCCUUGAACUUCCUGGGCUCCAGAACCAUGUACCAAAUAAACUUCUGUACAUUAUAAAUUA